AAGUCUGAAGAAACGUUUGAUUUUUUAUGCAUAAACUGUUUGUAUGAAAUAUAAAGCAGACAAAACUGUAGGAACUGUUAAGAUUAUUAUUGUUUGACCUGUGCAAAGGUUAAUUCCGUCACUAAGAGGAAACAGGAUUCUAAGUAAUGGACAACUACCUACAGAAAGGUGUGACAGACAUAGCCCCAUUUGAAAGACACUUACUGUUAAAAACAUGAUGAUGUUGGCUGUGACACAUGCAUGGCGGUAGAUCAUAGAUUUUCCAAAUAUGUUUUUCUCCAAAAAGAGGAACGCCGACACGACACAAUAAGCAAAGUACUAAAAAGAAAAGAAAAACGAGAUGUUGAAAUCAGACAGAAGAUCUUGCAAAAUUCAAAUCAGAAAAAAAAGACUAUUGAAAUCAAGACAUUGAAAAAUUCAAUUGAGAAAAAAACCCAAAGACUACUGAAAUCAGGACAUUGGAAAAUCUAAUAAUGAAUAAGAAAUCAAUGACAGUCUUGAGAAAAGGGAGAAAAAAUGCAGAUGUUAUAGAACAUAUGUACGAAACUCGUAUAAAUGAGAUAGAGCAAGGAUUGGAGCUGUAAGAGACAAAUAAAACCAGCGCUUCUUCAACUCUUAACAAACUAGAGCCUACUGACAACAGCACCAACACACAAGUUGAUGUCAAGAAAGCCAACCUUGCAGACGAGUUCAAUAAUUCUGACGAGAAAUGCAAACAAACACCGUUUCCAGGUACUGACCUUAAUGCUGACAAAAGAAUAUAUUCCUUAUUGGAAUGUAUAACUGUUUUUGGCCAUAUAGCAUAGAGAAUGUCUAUGAAUGCUAAAAAUAUGAGUAUUGUGGAUAAUCAGAAGAAAGAAGCUCUAAUUCAGAUCAAAGGAAGCAAGACAUAUUGUGUGAGAAUUCAAUCUGAUAAAUACGACUGUAUUAUUGUCAGUGCAUGUACUGUAGAGGAUGGAGCAAUAAUACUGUCAGACAGAGGCAACAACAAACUGAAACAUGUAGACAGUUCUACAUUUAAUAUUACAGAUUAUUGUGAUUUACCGGAUACACCAUGGCAGGUUUGCUCCAUCAAUAAACAACAAGCUGCUGUAUGUUUGCCAAACCAGCUUGAAGUUCAAUUAGUUUCAUUAAUAAACAGAAUGAAAUUAACAAGCAAGGUAAUAACCGACUUUAAAUGUUAUGGUCUAGCAUAUGCUGAUGGCAAUCUGUACAUUUCCGACAGUAAUACUUCAGUGUAUAUAUAUAGUGUAUCUGGAAGAAAGAUGAAGAAGUUUAGUAAGGACCAAUCAGGACAGACGCUGUGCUAUGGCAUCAGCAGUCUAGCUGUGAGUGAUGACGUAUCAAGGAUUUAUGUUGCUGACUGCCUUAUCGGACUAAUUGUACUGGACUUCAAUGGAAAAGUUGUUGGAAGAUUCAAUGGUUCGCAUUUACAAGGUGCCUAUGAUAGUUAUCUUACAGGCAAAGGAAGUCUACUAGUGAGUGGAUUCUUCUCCAACAAUGUGCUCCAGUUUGGAUUAAAUGGUGAACUGAUAGGCGAGGUUGUUAGUUUUGAUCCUACAUACACGAAAGUCUAUCACUGGGUAAUUUGUUGUAAUAGUCAAAUGACAAAGAUGCUAAUCGGCCAUAAUGAAAAAGAUGAAAUUGAAGUGUAUGACUUAACAUAGAACAUCAUCAAAAUGUGGACACAGGAAGAAAUAUUACAUUAAAGCUACUUGCCCACAGACGGGUGAAAUUUUUCAACAUGUUCAUUUUCCACAAAGUUAUAUAUAUGAGUUUGGUAUAGAGUGUAUAUCUGACACUGAAAACCGGUAAAGUGAAAAUAAGUAAAAGAUAUUUGCAAGAAUGCUAGAAGAAUGUUGAUUUUCUCUAUCAGUUCAAGGGUGUUGCAAUAAUUUACUCCCUUCUGCAAAAUAUAUUUGGUUAUAAAUUGUUUACCAUACCUUGCAAACGUAUGUUAAUAAUUUUGUAACACUGGUCAUUGUCAGAGUACCUGCAUUGUAUGUAUUUUUGACAGAAAAACAUUUUCGCUCUGUGACUAUCAAGGAUCCAGAUUAGUGCACAUCCACACUGUUAUCAAUUUCAGUAAUUGUAGGCCAACAGUAUGGAUAUUGAUCAGACUGCACAUAUUCUCAAGCUGAUCUGGAUCGAUACUUAUUGCAAAGUUCUACCACCGAUUUUCGCACAGCGGCAAUCAUAUUUAUAUUCAAAGUGAUCCUCAUCUUAGUUAAGGUAUUCUUCAACUAUAAACUUUAGAAUUCAUUUCUCUCAAAACGUCUAUUUACUCUUAAUCCACCUAAUCUAUAUCUGAGUUUUUUUCAUGAAUUGUGAGUUUAUUUUGCAGGAUCCUAAUAAAAGCAACAUUCGCUCUAAAGGUCUCCAAGGGUGGUGAUAAAAUCUUUGUACAUUUUAAAAAUAUCUCAAGGAAUGUCAAUUUUAUGGCAAAAAUGUUUUUCCUUUCGUAAAAAUAAGUUGUUUAGAAAUGUUGCUUGUAUGCUAAGAUAUCCUGAAAAUUUGACAAUCCAUCAACAAAUAAAGCCAAAAUUUAAUUUUGUUUUUAUAUUUUAUUUUUGGAGGGGGUGGAGGGAGGAUCCAAAAUGGCAAAAAUUGUGGUAUUCUAAUCCAAUCAAAAUCUUAUAAAGAUAUUUUUAAAAUUUUCUAAUUCGCAUCUCGGAUAUCUUUAGAAUGAUAUUGUCUUAUAUUUCAAGAGAAAUUACAGACAAGAUGGAUCGCACAUCAAGUGGAUCAAAGAUUAAGUUACCAUGUUAUGGAUGUGCAUACAGCUUUCUGUGUACUGAAGUCUCAUUUAUUACAAGGCCUUACUAAAACUUAUAAAGUAAAAUAAAAUACA